AACGACGUCAAGCCCAGUAUGUCCUGCCAGCAUCACCUGCUACACUGCUUUCCUACUUCCCCCUUCUUCUGCGGUCGUGGCGCAACUCGAAUAUUCUUGGAAGGAACUCAGUCCUUCCACCCGCCUUAACACACACCUCCCUCGACAGCCGCUGCCGACGGUGCCCCAAAGCCCACGGGCGACAGUCUGUCGCAGACUUCCUCUGGCCUGCCUCCCAUCACCAAGGAAGCCAUGUCUACUACCGGAGCACCUCUGGUGCCGGCGAACCCCAUCACGCAGACCAAGGUCCCCACUCCCCCGCCUGAGCCGGCAAAUGACCCCGUCCCGUCUUCGAACGACAAACCGGCCGAGGCGCCCGCCUCUAUGAAUGAGCUCAAAGACAAACUCGACGCAGCUGAUGCUCUAGGCAAACAGCCAGAGAAGCCUGCCGAGUCUGGCGCCCUAACCGACCAGGACACGUCGGCCGAACAGGACACGUCGGCCGAACAGGCCAAAACCGUAGCUGCCCAGGCACCCCCCAAGCCGGUCACAGUGCAGGAAGUCGCGGAUGAGGCAGCAAGCGCGAUUGUCAUGGACAAGGCUCCCGAGCCAAUCGAGGGCACUGGGUCGCUUCCCGUCGCUACUGAGGAGCCGGCCCAGCCAGCGGAGGCUUCGAACACGGUGCCGGAGUCCUCGGACCUCGCCAAGCCGGAAGUUGAGACAGGUGAUAAGCGCAAAGCUGACGAGAGCGAAGUCGUGAAUGGAGCUGCUGAUAGCAAUGAUGACAAAGUGCAAGACGAGCCGGCUGAGAAAAAGUUCAAGACUAACGGCGGAGCAGCCCCUGUUGCUCCGAAAAAGGUCGGCCGCCCAAAGAAGGACAAGACCGCCGAGAAGAAAGCACCUGCUCCCAUUGGCAAAACUGCCCGGCGAACCCGAAGCCAAGGUGCCAUUGCUGGCGAGAGCCUCUGAGAUGACCCACCACUGCCACGAUUGAAAACUCUGAGAGAGUAUGAAGGUUUCUUGUAUGCUGGACGCGGGGCAGAUGCCUGGAAAGGGCGGCCUCCCUGCUUUUAUUUGGUUUCUACAAAAUGGCGUACAGGAUGGUUUGGCUGCUCAAAAGUGUGCAAGCCACCGCGA